GCAUGGUACACUGCUGCUGUUAGUUUCAAAGUUCACAUAUGAACUUCUUUUUACACUGCACACAUGGUUUGUGAAGUCUGAAUGAAAAAGGAAUUUAAGGGAAAAUAAGGUUUGGGGAUAAAAGCACAGAAAAUGCCAGGCAGCAAUGAGAUGACCAUCAACCUUCUUGUCCUUGGAAGAACUCAGAGUGGUAAAAGUGCUGCUGGGAACAGCCUGCUGGGCAGCUCAGACUUUAAGAAUUAUUGCUCUCCAAGAUCUGUGACUACAUGCUGCAGCCUUGGCCGCAGCUGCUGUAUUUUGGGAAUUAUACGUAGAAAUGGCAGUGAGCUAGCUCUCCGUGUUCGAGUACUUGACACUCCAGGCUACCCUCACAGUAGUCUGAGCAAAGAGCAGGUGAGAGACAGAGUGAGCUCAGCCCUGGCUCACCACUUCGGGGAGGAAGGCCUGCAUCUCGCUCUCUUGGUCCUCAGGGCUGACUUGCCUCUGUGUCCGGAUGAAAGCUAUCAUACAACUCAGUUCAUCCAGGAACUUCUGGGUCCCACAUGGAAUGAUUUCACUGCAGUUCUACUUACUCAUGCAGACAAGGCAGAAGAGGCUGGAUUCAGCGAGGAAGAAUACUUGCACAGUGCCUCAAGUACCCUGUUGUCACUUUUGAGCUCAGUACAGCAUAAAUACCUCUUCCUAGACAACCAUAAGAGCAUAAUUAAAGAGGAAAGAGCUACUGUCUUAAGAAAGCUCUUGAAUUUUAUAAAACAAAAUAAUUAUCAAAAGCUUCCACUUAAACAUAACAAAGCAUAAAAUUAGCUUUCAGGUGCUCAUUUGUCUAUUUGCUAUAGCA